GUUCUGUGAUUGACAUAUUUGAUAAAAGUUGGGUUAUGGUUUAUAACCAAAUCAUGUGGAUUUAUUAAUUUUUCAAAAAUGCCCACUUUUAAGAAAUUAAAUACUAAAAUAUUCAAAAAAUCAGGUCAACUAAUUACACCAGAUUAUGUUUACUGGAAAAAAUUAGGAGUUCCUGUCUUAGUUAAAGAAUUUGGCCCCAUAGAUCACAUAGAUUUCUCGCCAAUAGAGCCACAUUAUUUUGCUGUGACAUGCUCAGUUCGAGUACAAGUAUACAAUCCAAUCACUAAGUUAGUAGUUAAAAAUUUGUCUAGAUUUAGAGAAAAUGCUUAUGGUGCAGUUUUUCGUUGGGACGGGAAACUUAUUCUAGCAGGUGGCGAAGAAACUAACGUUAAAUUGUUUGAUGUCUCGUCUAAAAGCUUAUUAAGUAUAAUUCUUAUGUAUAUUAAGCAUGACGCACAGGUUUUCUUUUAUAAAGAAAUGUCCAAAACACAUAUGAGUCCAAUAUUUGGACGAUCCCCAUCUUGUUCGGUAAAACAGAGGUUGGAUGAUAGAAAAGCCAGAUUGAAAGCUUUAAAAUUAGAACAAAGCAGAAAAACUGAGAAGCCAGAAGAUUUUAUAACGUACGAAGACAGUGAUAGUGAUGAGGAGCCUGUUUUCGUUCAAAAAGAUAUUUUAAACACUUCUUUUAACUUUGUAGAUUACAUUAGGAAUCGGGAAAUACAGUGUUCAAAAUUGAGUUCUGUUUCGACUGAUUAUGGAAGUAGACAUAUGUUAACACAUGAAAUGUUUAAAGAGACUCCAAUUAGUUUAGGUAAUAUGAAUAAAGUGUUUUGUUCUCAAUGGUUGAGUGAUAGGCAAGUUGUUUUUGGAACUAAGUGUAAUAAGUUAAUGGUAUAUGAUGUAGUUACACAUAAAAUAGAUCAAAUACCCUCACUAAUAAGCAAGAGAAAUUUAAUGGGCAAUGAGGUACAACAACAAUGUGGUAUUCAUUCAGUACAAAUCAACCCUUCAAGGACUCUACUGGCCACUGGGGCCAGAAAUACAUGUGAUAUUGCUAUUUAUAGGCUUCCUACUUUAGAUCCAAUUUGUGUUGGUGAAAGUGCUCAUAAAGAUUGGGUAUUUGACAUGUGUUGGUUAGACGAUGAGUUCCUAGUAUCAGGUUCACGAGAUACAAAAAUGGCAUUAUGGAGAGUAACUCCUGAUAUGUUAGACAGUAAGGAAGAAAUUCCUAGACACCGCCAUAUACAAGCAGUUUCUAUAAAAGAUUGUAGAAGUGCACAAAAGGUUAGGGCUUUAACAUUUAAUAAAAAAUAUGAUGAAAUAGCAGCUUUAAGUUUAAAUGGUUAUAUUCAUAUAUGGAAUGCUGAAACAUUUAAACAAAAAUUAUCUAGAAAAUUGCCUUCAGCUCAAGAAAAUGUUUGUUUAGCUGUACAAGAAUCUGGAUUGUAUGCUAUCGGAUGUAGAUCUUAUACAUUAUUACUAGAUUGUAGAACAUUACAGGCUGUCAAAAAAGUAAAUUCUCGGUACUCAGGUUGUGGAAUUAGAUCAGCAAGUUUUCAAGGGGAUGUUUUGACAGUAGGUACAGGGUUAGGCAUGCUGAUGUUUUAUGACUUGAAAGCGGGAAAGUAUCUAGAUUCUAGUAUAAAUUCUUCAAGGACAGUUGUACUUAAGGCCAGUAAAGGCUACGUGUUUCCUGAUGAAGAAUAUGUAGAUAAUCACCAGAAUGUUAAGUAUGUACCAGCUAUUUAUACACACUGCUAUGAUAAUAGCGGAACUAGACUUUUUACUGCUGGUGGUCCAUUACCGGCUACUCUUACAGGGAAUUACGCUGGUCUGUGGCAAUAGAUUGAAACAUCUAAUUGAAGAGUAUUUUCUAAUCAUUUAGAUGUAUAGGGUUCUCACUUAAGGUUAAUUUGAAUUUUAGUUUGAUAUGUUGGAUUGUAACUGAUUAUUUUAAACAUUUACAUAAUUUCUCUGUAUUUUAUGUUAAUCACAUGCUUGCAUAUUAUUGUAAAGAACCUAUAAAAAAAAAGUGAAAAUGUAAAUGGAUCAGAAAAGCGUUUUUAGUUUUUCUUGUCUUAAAAAUUCAAUGUUCAUAUUUUUAUAUCCUUAGAUUCAAGCAAUAUCUUAAAUAAGAUUUAUCUAUUCAUACAGAUAAAAAACAUUUUUUCCUACGACCACUUAGGAAAGUGACACAUAUCACACUAUAUAGUCCUAUGGAAAGUGCCCUAUAUCAUACGCGUAUGAAUAAGAAUUUACUUUCCACCCGAGUGAUAAUAUGUUACUUUCCGCAGUAGUUGUCACAAAAUGUCAAACACCUAAUUUCUAUUUUGAUCUAUGUAAUGUCCAUAUUAAUACUAAAAUCGAUAUGAUUGUUAAAUUAUUGAAAUUGUUGUAAAUUAGAUCCUAGAUAUUUAUCUUUAACAAUUAUUAUUAAAAUAAUUUUAAAAUAAUGUUUGCUAUUAGCUCAGGUGGUUAGGACGUCGAACUUAUCAACUUUGCCAUUUUUUGUCCGCGUUCAAAUCCUGGCGGGGCAGAAUUUUUUAGUUUUUUUUGUUUAGAAAAUAUGAAAAUAAUAAAUACGAUUAUUGUUGAUUAUUUUUGUAAAUACAUUUUAAUUAUUAUAGUAAUAAUAACCUUGGUUUUACAUUUUUUUGAGGACAUUAUUUUGUGGUCGUAGAAAAAAUAUUGUAUAUCACUUAUGUGAAAAGUGAUUUUCCACACUC